AAUCCAUAUUUCAGUUUCAGUAACGGUACGAUUUCUUGUUGGAUUAAAAUCAAAUCUUUGUUCAUUCAGUGCCUAGAAGACACUGCAAUAUUGGCAACUACACUGAGGGUGACAAAAAUAGUAUUCUGUGAUCCCGCAGCAAACAUCAGUUUUGAAUGUUGUGUUGGUGUUUUAUUUGUGCAAAUCACAUACAAUGGUUUGUUAUUGAUUUACAUUUGGACUUCUCCACACUAUUACCAAUCCACUUUAGUUUGGCACAUUAUUGGAGAGUUAUUGUAUUUUUUACACAAAUUAUUUAAACUUAGAGAUGGACUUAUCCCAGUUUCCCCUGGAGGUGCUGGAGGUGUUGGCAGAAUACCUCUCUGCCCGGGACCUAGCGAACAUGUCAGCUGUGAGUGUGCGCUGGCGUGAGGCUUUCAACCUGGAUCUGUUCUGGCGUCAGCUCUGCGAUCCCCUUGCAGUCAGUUAUCUUGCACGUUCUGGAACUUCCGUAGUUGAACCACACUUCUCCCAGCCUAUAAAUGUAGAUACUCUGGAACCUAUCUGUGACUGGCGCAUCCAUGUCAUGAGGAGAGCUCACCUACUACGGAAUUGGUGCAGGAAACGAUUCUUGCCACAGAAGUUGUGGUUUCCUACUCCCGUAGUCAAUUGUACUCUCGGUCUCGACACCUCUGGGAACCAUUGGCUUGUGGUCAAUUUGGGUGAUCGGACUGAAGUAUGGGAUGUGCAGACAGAUCCUUCCCUUCAUGCGGUCAUCGGGAACAUAACAGGAGCCCCAAGUCAUCUAGAAGUUGUCGGCAACAAACUGAUACUCGUUGACUUUUUUUUAUUUGUACAAGUAUUUCACCUCAAGCUGCCCACCUUGGGAUUUGCACAGAGCAGUAAGUUUUUCUAUACAGACUCAGAACCUGUGUGUGUUGAUCUCAGUGAUGGAGAAGAAGUAGACUCUAUCCGCAACCGACUACGCUCAUGCUUUAGAAAAGGUCAUGUUUUAUUUGUCAUGGAUCAUUUAUUAGUUGGUUACUGUUCGUAUGUUGAAAAUCCAAAAGAGUACUUUCUACACUUAUGGAAUAUCCAAACUGAAAGUAAAUUUGCUCAAGAAACGGUUUUGAGCGCUUUGCACAAUAAAAUGAAGACUUAUUCUUGCAGUAUUUACAUAAGUUCUGAUUUACAAACAAAACAAUUGCUGUGCUCACUCUAUCUUUUUGACAGGUAUGUUUCAAAAUUAGUUCUGUACAGUGUCAAAUGGAGAAAAUUUACAAACUUCAGUUUAACAGUAUCAGGAAAAGUAGAUUGGUGCGAUAUUUCAGGAGAUUUUGUUACAACUUCACAUCUGCUACACCAGCUGCACAUAUACAGUACACAUUCUGGAAAUUUGGUCAACAUCUUGGAUACUAAUGCCAAGAUGGUGUUUGGCCCAAAUUCUGGUCUCCAAUAUCAAAUGAUGGGUUCCUACAUGAUCCAGCCCAGCAGGGAGAGCGUGAAAGUAGUCAAUGUCCAAGAGCACUCGGACAGUUUGCUCCUGUACUUCUACUCAGUAUACAAGGUUAUAACCAUCCCUCCUAAGUUCUUGGCCAUUAGUGCUCGACCUUAUGUCUCCAGCAACAAGAUGAUCCUGGAAGUGUGGGAUAUUCAGGACAAGAUAAGGAUAUUUGACUAUCUCAUCGCUGAGUCUGAUUGUCCUGCUUACCACAUGAUCCACCCCUUGCUCACCAAAACCUCGGUAACCCUGGGGAAAACUGUUAGACUGCUGUCCUUCUGGUGAAUUCCUAACAAUGAAACAAAUAUCAACUGUUGUAACCAAUAAAGACACUUCUGUGAUAUUCUUUAAACAACAAGUUUCCCUACAGAUAAAACAUGUAAUUUUAUCAUAGAUGUCAAUGUUUUAAGUAAUGAAACUAAAUAUUUUGUUUAUUUGACAUGUUCCUAUAAUUAUUUCCUGACAUGAAAUUGAAACUAUUAAACAACCAAUUUUAAAUCAAUUUCUUUAAUGCUUUUGUCUUGCAUAAGAAUAGUGAUUUACAUAGAUUACAAAUAGUUUACCAAAGAUUUUAAUAAUCUUAAUGGAUAAAUUACUCAUAAAUAAUAAUAUCAUUUAAAAAACUUAAAACCCAUCAGAAAUAAAUAUCCAAUAAGUUAUCUUUCAUAGGAUAAUCUUUUGUUUUUUUUAUACAUCAUUAAAACUUUUACAUUUAAAAGUACAUAACAUUUAUACUUUAUACAUCAGUACAGUAAUUCAAUUGUGAUCACGUUGUUUAUGGAACCACCAAUUAGUAUUUUUGACGUGAGGAAAAGGGAAUUUUAACCCUUGACACAUAAUGUUAUACUUUUUUGUAACAGAUAAUAUUGACAAAUAUCUGAAAUCCUACUAACCGUUCAAGUAAACCAACAACAAAAACACAGUAUUAGUUCUUAAUGUAUUGAUUAACUGCUUUAGAAAAAAGUUUUUACUACAUUAGAUUGUGUUUAUUUAAUGAUUUACCUGUCAACCUAUAAGUUGAGAAAUGUUUAAUACAAUUCUGUGGACGAAAUUGAAAAUAUUAUUGACCAACAAUAUAAAGUGGAUUAUUUUAAAAUUAAAUAAUUUCAAUAUGGAAGUGGAAUUAAUUUAACUAUUAUAAAUAUAUCUAAAUGUUUAUCCUUAAUUAUUUACAUAUUGAUUUUAUGUAUGAUUAUAUGGCUUAGUGAUAAAAAUAAUGCUUUUGACUAGUUGGAUUGCUUGUUAAGGGGGUUGUAUACCUCUGUUUCUUGCUCAUGUUAAAUUAGCCUUUUUUGAUGUUCCAAAACAUUAAAAAAUGUCUUAUUUUA